GAAACUUUAGAGAUAGUAGAGAAAAGUUUGUGACUGUUUAUGUCUUCACACUCUAACCAAACACACAGUUUUGUGUUCAUAUGUCUAAAUCUCUUAUUCUUGCAUUAAAUACUCUGUUAGAAUGAUAUUAUUUAUUGUUCUAUCUAUUGUUUCAAUCUACCUCUUCGACUUAUUCUACUGGAAACGAAGGAAUUUGCCACCAGGACCACUUCCACUGCCAUUAGUUGGAAACUUGCACAUGAUGAGUGAUGAUGUUAAGCCAGGAUAUUCUUUGUUUUCAAAUUUAAAAGAACAGUAUGGUCAUGUGUAUACAUUUUGGAUGGCUAGUCUCCCUAUAGUUCAUGUCACCGAUUGGAAUCUAAUUAAACAACAUUUUAUAAAAGAUGGAGGAAAUUUUGUUGGAAGACCAGAAUUCCCUAUGUCCAUUGAGCUGAGACAGGGUCCAUAUGGAAUCAUUGAAUCUCAUGGUGAUCGAUGGGUUCAACAGAGACGGUUUGCAUUACAUGUUCUCAGGGAUUUUGGAUUGGGAAAGAAUUUGAUGGAAGAAAAGGUUCUUGGAGAGGUGACUGCAAUGUUGGAUAGACUACGCAAAACUAUGGAUGAAGUGGAUAUGCAGAGUGUAUUUGAUGCAUCAGUUGGAUCUGUGAUUAAUAAUUUACUUUUUGGGUAUCGAUAUGAUGAAACGAACAUAGCGGAAUUUUUGGAUCUUAAAGAAAAAUUGAACAAUCACUUCCAAUUAGCCGCAAAGCCAAUUGGAGGUCUUAUUGGAAUGAACCCGUGGCUUGGAUAUUUCCCUUAUUUCAGCGGAUACAAGAAUGUCAUGAUUCAAAACUGGAUGGGUCUUGUCGAAAUGUUCCGGAAACAGGCAAAUGAGAAGUUGGCAACAAUUGAUUAUGAAUCGGACGACUAUUCAGACUAUGUUGAAGCAUUUUUGAAAGAGAGAAAAAAACACGAAAAUGAAAAAGACUUUGGAGGUUUUGAAAUGGAACAACUUGAUAGUGUAUGUUUUGAUCUCUGGGUUGCUGGAAUGGAAACAACUUCAAAUACUCUCAAUUGGGCACUUCUUUAUGUCCUCCGAAAUCCAGAAGUACGCCAAAAAGUGUAUGAAGAAUUGGAUAGAGAAAUUGGAAGUGAUAGGAUUAUUACAACUUCUGAUAAACCUAAACUCAACUAUAUCAAUGCAACUAUUAAUGAAUCACAACGUCUUGCCAAUCUUCUCCCGAUGAAUCUAGCCAGAUCCACAACAAAAGACGUGGAGAUUGCGGGUUAUCAUAUUAAAAAGAAUACAGUCAUAAUUCCACAAAUCAGUUUGGUUUUGUAUAAUCCAGAAAUCUUCCCUGAACCAUACGAGUUUAAACCGGAAAGAUUCCUAGAAUCGGAUGGAAGUUUGAAAAAAGUCGAAGAGCUUGUUCCAUUUUCGAUUGGAAAACGACAGUGUCCCGGCGAAGGACUUGCCAAAAUGGAAUUAUUAUUAUUCUUUGCUAAUUUAUUCAAUAGAUUCGAUAUUCAAUUACACCAGUCAAAUCCGAAUCCAAGUGUGGAAAAAGAGUUUGGAGUGACUAUGAAAGCAAAGAGUUACCGAUUGAAACUGAAAGACAGACAUUAAAAUAUUCAUGAAAAAUUUGUGUUGUUUAUAACCAAACAAAAAUGUGAUCUUAUUAAUUAAAAAAUAAAUGAUUAUAUAUUC